UUUCAAUUCCAAGCUUCUGAGGUCACUUAAGAUAAUCUUAUAAAAUCACACCAAAUAACAUAAAGAAUUGGAAGUCAGUCACGUAAUGUAAACCUUAUUCUUCUUCAAUGAGACUUAUUAAUGAGACUUAUCCCUCAUACAUCAUUAAUGAGUAAACAAGUACGUUAUCAAUAUAAUUGAUAUUGUACCUCUUCACUCUUCACAUUUCCCACAAUGUGCAGUUGUCUUAUUUGAACUACGGAAUACUUAGUCCAGCACUUAAGACAAGUAUAAAACCCAUUUUAUAUAAUGGCGACUAUCCAACGCCGCUUUUUUCACCAGACCCUCCGCUAUCUCAGCCAUGAGAAUCCCCUCGGUCUACCCCGAACGGGCUCAAUCCCUCGCAUGCAGCGCGGGCUCCCAGAGCGCCGCAAGAUCAAAGACGUCGCAAAAGUGGUCGCCGUAUCAUCUGCCAAGGGUGGUGUAGGCAAGAGCACCGUCGCCGCGAAUUUAUCUCUAGCUUUCGCAAGGAUGGGUUACCGCUCCGGUAUCCUCGACACCGAUAUCUUUGGGCCCUCUAUACCUACGCUUUUCGACUUGAGCGGAGAACCGCGGUUAUCAUCUAAUAACCAAUUAUUACCCUUGUCCAAUUACGGUGUCAAGACUAUGUCUAUGGGCUAUCUAGUUGGUGAGGAUGCGCCUGUCGUGUGGCGGGGCCUUAUGGUAAUGAAGGCCCUACAACAGCUCCUUCACGAGGUCGACUGGGGUGGUCUAGACGUCCUAGUACUCGAUCUACCACCUGGGACAGGAGAUACACAACUCAGUAUCACACAACAAAUCAUACUUGACGGCUCUAUCAUUGUAACCACGCCGCAUACUCUGGCAGUAAAGGACGCGGUAAAGGGGAUCAACAUGUUUAAAAAGGUGAAUGUGCCCCUGCUCGGCUUGGUACAAAAUAUGUCACUAUUUAACUGCCCACACUGCCAUCAUGAUACGGCAAUCUUCGGAUCCGGCGAACGUGUUAAGGAAGUUUGCACAGAAUAUGCCAUCGAUCUACUCGGUGAUAUUCCAUUGCAUCAGAACGUCGGAGAUGACGGCCAGAAGGGGAAGCCAACCGUGGUCUCCGAGCCUGACAGUGGUAGAGCACAGGCCUUCAUGGAUAUUGCUAAGCUAGUAGGGUCGAAGGUGGGCUUAUAACACUUGACUACAGUGGCCGUUUCGGUUCCUGCCAUUACGAAAAUUUAGCAAAUCAGUCCACAAUUUAGUAUUGGGGUCAUUGCGGUAGCAAGAAAAACUCUCCAUAUAAAAGUUGGUAUAUUGAUGCUCAAUGCUCGGUUAUAGGAGCCGAUGCGCUAAAUAGAGCGUCUAGUCCAGGGGCUAUGUUAGCAUCCAUAGAACCUAAUUAGGGACAAAGGGGAUC